AUGCAUCCAGUGCAAGUUGUACUGCAAUUCCUUAAGGAAGAGAACUACAUGGAAGCCUUUAAUGCUUUAGAAAAGGAAUCUGGCAUUAAAUACAAAGAAGGCUUGUUCAAAGAGCACAUGUUAAGACAAACAUUCGGUGAACUUCAAAUCACAGGUCAAACAACAACUCUUAGAGCUCUUAUGCAAGGUAAGAAGCUCAAACUUACAGAAACAAGCAAAAAAGUCGAAUUUAAUGCAUCUCCAGUUGCUAUUAUUGCAAUUCCAGAGGGUAUUUUAGCAUCAUUUAACGAUAAGACUAUUAGGUUGUUCGAUGCUGAUCUCAAUGAAUUGAAGAGCACUGAAUUAAACGUUCCAACAAUCUUAUGCUUCCAAUACCUCGAUGGAAAGGUCUACUAUUGCACAAUGGGAGGCCAUGUUGGUGUUUUCGAUAUCCAAAAGUUCGAAUCUGAGUUUGCACUUCAAGUCAGCAAUAAUCAUGUAACAAACAUCCGUAUAUUAGGUGACUACAUUGUUGCUUCUUCAUACAGUGGCGAAUUGUCAUUCGUACGUAGAUCAGAUUUCAUUCUUGAAAAGAGAUUCAAGCAUCCAAACGCAAUUUCAUCGAUGUGCUUAGUUAACAACGGCGUUAUAUAUGCAUUACAAAAUGAUAACUCCUUUAUGUACAGAAGCCUCGAUGAUAUCGAACAAGUUCAGUAUCUUUUGAUGAAUCCAAUUGAAUUCGAUACUCACGGCUUCGGCGUUCGUGAUAUGAAGGAGAGCCCAAGCGAUAAAUCGUCAUUCAUUGUUUUAACCGACCAAAACAGAGCUGUUAUCUACAAAUUUACUCCUGGAGCUCAAGAACUCGAAGUUUUGGCCAAUGUCGACCAUGUUCUUAGCGACGGACUUACACAACCACAAAUGAUUUGGCCAACAGGACCAAUAUUCCUUUCUACAACUGAUGAUUUGAAAGUUAAUGCAGUUGAUAUCGCUGAUAACAAGCUUGCAUUCCAGAUUUCUAACUGGCACAAGGCAACACGUUGUUUAACAAUGCAAAACAACAUUUUAUACGUUGGUGCUUUUGAUAAGUCACUUUCUUCAUUUGUACUUGAAGAAACUGAGUAA